AUGGUAGCAUCCUCUGUGCCAGCUCGUUCGGUCAAUGGAGAACGUCUGGAAAUCUUAGGCAAGUUAACCGUUGGUAUUAGGCUUGGGUCUCAGGUAUGGCAGCAGGACUUUGAAGUCCUCAGAGGUGCUUACCAGCCAGUCAUACUAGGUUGGGAUUUUCUGCAGAGGCACCAUGCUCUUCUCGACCUCAAAAACAAAGUACUGCAACUGUGGGACAUGAAAAUUCCCCUGUUGCCCAAAGGACAUGAGGUGGCUGCCUGCUGUAAUGUUUCUGUGUUAGCGCCAACCAAAAUCCCAGCUAUGAGCGAAACUCUGAUCACAGCCUGUGUGUCAGCAGCCACACCGGCUUCUCCUGUUCCAACAGACUACUAUGGUGUCUUGAUCCCUAAUCCAACUUGUGACAUUGUUGUGGCUCACACUCUCAGUGAAGUUCAGAAUGGUACUACAGUGGUUCGAAUGCUUAAUCCCUCCAGCGAUGAAAUCGAACUGCACCCUGGACAGCAUCUUGGUGAGUUUCAUUCAGGCUCAUCUGUUGAUAUCAUCCCACUGGAGCAGACAUGCUGUGCUACUUCACCUGUGUAUGAUUCGACUCUGCCGGUAGAAAUCGAUGAAACAAACUUGUCACACUCCCAGGUUCAGUCCCUGAAAUCACUUCUCCAGAAGUAUUCAGGAAUCUUCGGUAAGCACUCAGAAGACAGAGGUCACACAGGCAUAAUCAAGCAUCAUAUUCACACAGGUGAUGCUACACCGAUUAAACAAAGAGCCUAUAGAGUGACACCCGAACAGAGAGCUGAAAUACAGACUCAAGUUGACAACCUUUUAAAGGCAGGUGUCAUCGAAGAAAGCUACAGCCCAUGGGCUGCCCCAGUUGUGUUGGUGCGAAAGAAAAAUGGUACGUGGCGUUUCUGUCUCGACUAUAGGAAACUCAAUGCAGUGACAAUCAAAGACUCUCAUCCUCUUCCAAGGGUUGAUGAUGCACUGGAUGCUCUGUCAGGUUCUGCCUGGUUCUCCACAAUGGACCUUCAACAUGGCUAUUGGCAGGUUGAACUGGAAGAGAAGGAUCGUGAGAAAACUGCUUUCACAACCGGCAGUGGACUUUACCACUUCACGGUUAUGCCCAUGGGACUCACAAACGCUCCAGCCACAUGUCAGCGGUUAAUGGAGAUGCAGCCAUUUGUUAUUGUCACGGAUCACAAGCCCCUCCUGGGUCUUCGGAAAAUACCCAUUGACAGUGAUAGAACUGGUCGCCGUGCUCGCUGGGCUCUUGAACUUGAUCCUUUUGAAUGGACGGUGAUUCAUAAAGAUGGCCACCGCCACCUCAAUGCAGACGCACUGUCACGUCGCCCUGUCACUGGUGAAACCGUAGAGCAGGACACGGUCUGCACUGCUUCUGCUAACUUGAAACCUGAAGAAAGGUGCAUAGGUCCUGCAGGCCUGUCCAACCAUAGUCCCUGCAGUACUGACCGAAAACACAUUCCAUGCAAUGUCUUUCCUGAUCCACGACUGCAGUGUGCAGCGCUAUCUGUUUCAUCCACAUUUGUGCUUGAGCUGCCUGAAGAUGAUCUCAAAAGUGAACAACAAAAAGAUCCUGUACUGUCAGAAGUCAUUGGCUGGAAAGCUAGGGGUCGGAAACCACCCUACUGGCGUAUGAAAAGGUGCCCACCUCAGGAAAAAGUGCUAUGGCAUGAGUACUCUAGACUUACCUUUCACAAUGGCUUACUCUGUCGUAAAGCUUUCAACCCGUCCCAAAAGUCAGUGUUGCAUCAGUUGGUUGUUCCUGAGUCUUUAAAAGACACUGUCCUACAGCUGCUGCACGGCAACCCAGUGUCCGGUCACCUAUCAGCAGAUAAGGUCCUGAAACGUGCUCAGCAGCUAUAUUACUGGCCAUUCAUGUCACGUGACAUCAAAAUAUGGUGUACGCAAUGCACUCCAUGUGAUGCCAGACGGAAUCCCACACCUCAUCACAGAGCUCCAAUGAAAACAAUUGUUGCUGCGGAGCCAUUUCAAAAGGUGGCAGCUGACAUACUUGAACUCCCCAUCACGAGUCGUGGCAACAGGUAUGUGCUCGUUGUUCAAGACUAUUUCUCGAAAUAUGUCAAUCUCUAUGCUAUCCCAGACCAACGUGCCACAACAGUUGCAAAAUGCCUGUUUGACAACUUCAUCUGUCAGCACGGCAUCCCUGAAAUGCUGCACACAGACCAAGGCCAUCAAUUUGAAUCUGACCUGGUGAAACACCUGUGUCAGCUGCUAGGCAUCCAGAAGACACGGACCAGCCCAUAUCACCCUCAAUGUGAUGGAAUGGUCGAGAGGUUCAACCGAACACUUAUUGACCAGUUAGCUAAGUUACUCCUUCAGCAGCCUGGCGAAUGGGAUGACUGCCUCAAUCAAGUUGCUUUGGCUUACAACACCAGUCCUCACUCUACCACGGGGUUUACGCCAUUCUUUCUCACACAUGGACAUGAGGCACGGAUGCCUGCUAAUAUGCUGUUGCCUACCAACAUGCCAGCAUCAUCUACUUCUGCUUCUCCUGCUGACUACGUCACCCAGUUGACUCAGAGACUUCAGUCUGCCUUCAGCACUGCUGCAUGGAACAGGGAUUGUGCCCACAACCAGCAGAAACAACUGUACGAUAGGGGCAUCAAACACACUCCUUAUGAUCCGGGUGACUUGGUGUGGUUAAAUGACCCCACUACAGCAAAGCAGAAACUUGCUCCACAUUGGAAGGGCCCCUUUGAGAUAUUGGAGUGCCUUGGAACAGAUGGAGAAAACCCUGGUGUCACGUACAGGAUUCAUUACCUCCUGGACCAAUCAGACAAGACUCAAAUUGUUCACUACAAUCGUCUCAGGCCUUACAAUGCACCUGUCCCUAAAGGUGGAACCAACUCGCCUGCUGGUGACAUACCUGGACAGCCCCAGAUUCCACAAUUGACUGCAUUAUCAGGUGCUUUGCCCUUCACAGCUUCAAAAUCUGCAGCUAAAGGGAGCUGGAAUAUUCAGGGCCGCAGCCCUGCAACCUCAUCAGACCCUCAGAGAGAUUCCAAACCAUCUAGUGAACCCUCACGUUACACAUCUAUAAAAUGAUCCGGGUUUCAAGAGCCAAGUCAGCUGCCAAUAGGAACGAAGAAGUGUUGACACCUGCACGCACAUCAACGGUAGGUUAUGGGUUUGUUGGUAGUUAGAACUAGAGGUGUAAUGUUAAUGUAUUUAUG